AUGAUCUCCAAUUCUUUGUCUGCCGAUGCACGCCAACAAGCAAACGUCUAUGAUAAAAUUGGAGAAAAAUACGAAGCAAUAUUUGGUAACAACACGAACCAAACUACUGCUGUAAAAUGGUUACUUGAUCGAUUGCCACCGAAUUCGAAAAUCCUGGAUAUAGGUUCAGGUACUGGUGUUCCCACGGCACGCAUGUUAGCCGAUGCUGGACAUACCGUCACUGGGAUUGAUAUCUCAGUAGAAAUGGUGAAAAUCGCUCAACAUCAAGUACCACAAGGAACCUUUUUUCAAGCCGAUGCAGCUAAUCUUUCAUUUGCACCAGCUUCAUUCCAUGCAGUUACAGCCUUUUUCUCACUACUGAUGUUACGCCGUGCUAAUAUCGAAUCAACGCUUCGACAAAUCAAGACCAUAUUAAAAUCGCCUGGUUAUCUUGUGCUAGGAAUGGUAGAAGGCGAUUUUGAUUACUACGAAGCUGAAUUCCUUGGUCAACCAGUACAUGUGUCUGCGUAUCCGCGUGAUGUAUUAGCCAGUCAUCUCAAGGAUCUCUCCUUCACGAUACUAGAUAAUCAUUUUGUGAAAUUUCAGGCCAACAAACAAACACCACCCGAAACACAAUUAUUCUUUUUCUGUCAAAAUCAAGCCUGA